CUGAAUCCCAGCCGAAAGAAAGGACGAGAGUCGGCGGUGUCUUCUCCUAUUAGUACUGGUUCAGCGAAUAGUGACUCUAGUCCCGCCAAAGAGAGUCCGACCAAGAAAACUAGUAGCCCAGAAAAAGAAGCUUCUGAAUCAAUCAAAGAAUCGGCGGAUUCUGCAGCUUCGAAAGAAGCUGCCGACGACCAAACCUCGAAUUCACGUCCGUUAUCUGCGCCCAACACGGAAAUUAGUGAAGAUCAUAACGAUUCAGCGAAUAUGUCUGAUUCGGGAAAUGGUACGGUGACACCGGAUUGCGAGGUGGCUCCUGAUGGCAGAAGAGUUCAGCAGAAACCAAAUAAUGGAUUCAGAGAAGUGAGCCAGCAACAUAAACCUUUCUGUUGCUCUUUUGAGGUGCAGUGUGUGCGGGCAUGCGAAAUUAUCGAGGAAAUUAUAGAACCGCUGAAAGAGGUGCUUUUCAAGGGACCGGUGAGUUCCCUUCUACUUUUAAUCUAA